AUGUUUCGUCGUGGUAUAAAACGUCCACGUUUUAGUGUUGGUGGUCAUGGUGUUUUUGAACAUGACGAUUCAUCGAAUCAUUCAGGAUUUGGUAUGACGGAGUACGAAGAAGAUUCUUCAUCUCAACAACUAACAACAAAUAAUUCCGAUUCAAAUUUUCUCCUAAAUCAAAAUUCACUCGAGCGACCAAAACGUGUUCAAAAAUUGUUAACAAAACUUCAUACUGAAGAUAAUACAAAUUUAAAUGCAUGUCUCGAUCAUCUUCUACGUACUCUAUCACGUAAAGAUAAAGAAGGUUUCUUUCAAUAUCCUGUCACUGAUCAAUUUGCACCAGGUUACUCGCAGAUAAUUGCACGGCCAAUGGAUUUUUCUACCAUGAAAAAGAAAAUUACUCAAGAUGAUUAUUCAAAUGUAAUUGAAUUUCGGUCCGAUUUUGAAUUGAUGUGCGAAAAUGCUAUGAAAUAUAAUCGUCCAGAUACAAUUUAUUGGCGAGCAGCUAAGAAGCUGCUCGCAACAGGAGCGAAAUUAAUGAAUAAAGACAAAUUAUUAAGUUUUCGUCGUGGUGUUGAAUGUUUUACUCGUCUUAGUGAACGUGAAUUAGGCUUUCGUAUUGAUUCUUCAAGUCAUUCGAUGGAUGAACAAAUAACGUCAUCCAAUGAUCCCUAUGAUUCGUCAAUAAAUGAUCCUGAAAAUCUUUCGUCGGCUAGUUUGAAUCAAUCAUCUGUGCAGCGAAAGCCAAAAUUAAUAUUAAAACUACCGAAAUUUUAUGAGAAACCUCCGGCAUCAGUUGUACCCGAGGAAGAGGAUGACGAAGAACUAUCACCGGAAGAAACUCUCGCACAAGCUAAACUUGCUGCACAAUGCGCACAUGAAAAACUUCGUUUACGUCGUUCACUCUGUUCCUAUACACUUGUGUAUCAACGUAACAAAGGGUCCACAUCAUUACGUUUCAUAAAUCAAGAUGAUUCGAGUCAACAAAGUGUCGCACUUGUGGAACUAGAUCAUUUAUCGACCAAUGAAGAUAAUUUAAAUAUUUCUUCAGCGUUACCGAUUGUGACUGAAGAUGUAAAACGAAAUCAUUUACCAGCAAAAGAAUUUCUUGAAAAUGGACCCUUUUCAUCGAAUUCAUCACAAUAUGAUUCAACAUUUUCUUCUGUACCGAAAGAAGAAGUCGAUUUAUUAAUACAUACAUAUGGAAGUGAAUUUUCAGCACAAUAUGCCGUUUCAUUGAUGGAUUAUGUUAAAGAUGCGGGAGAUUUGGCAUUAGCUUAUGUGGAUAGAUUUUUAUCAGUAUUAACCAAUGGUGAACACGAUAAUCUUAUUAUGAAAAAACGAGAGAAACAGCCUAAACUAGAAGAAAGCGAAUGUAAAAUCGACGAGACAGCUGCAACGAAUAAUGUUCCAUCAAUCGAUCCAAUGUCAUCUGCCGAUGAAAUUAAACUGGAACCACAAAUACAUACUCAUCUACCACAUCUACAAGCGGACACAAAAUUAGAUGAAAAUUCAAAAUUGCAUAUACAAUUCAAUCGUUUGUCACAAUCAUCAAGUCAACUUCAUCGAGUAAUUUCUUCGCAACAGACAGAUGAACAAGCGAUUGAUUAUGAUUCGGCUGAAAAAGUUCUUUUUAAUUUUAACGAUCUAACAUCGCUAUCAAAUGGUCCUGAGAAAUUAAUCACGUCGGAGAGUAUACAUCAUAAUCUUGGUAUUAUUAGUAAUAACGAACCAUUAUUUGAUGCAUUGUAA